UAAGACACACACACCAUCAUCAUAUCAUUGUCCACUUCCUCAAAUAUAUCUUUACAAGAAGAUCCAAAAGUAAGAACACAUUCUUCCAGUUUUUCAGCUCUCUAAGUGGAACUAUAGACAGUGAAUCCAGAAUGUUGCUGCUGCUGAUCCUGUUGUUGAAUAUUACAGUUUCAGUGUCAGGGAUCCAGAACCUGAAAGUGUCAUGCCGUCAUGAGAAGAUCUGUGCUCUGAGGGAGUCGUCUGUAAACCUGACGUGCUCUUACUCAAAUAUCAUCACCACCACUGGAUUCUGGUUCAGCUUCAAGGACAAGGCUAAAUGGAGGGAGGAGGAACAUCCAGAGGAUUUAGCUUUAGACUCCGACUACGCCGGACGUGUGAAUUACACAGAGGUGACAAACUCAAGAUCGACUCUUACAAUAACAGACCUGAGAGAGAGAGACGCGGGGGAAUAUCGCUUCAUGCUCAUUACGGAUAAAGGAGAGAAAUACGUGAGCUCAGCUGGAGUUACUCUGACAGUUACAGACCUGCAGGUGAUCCGUCACUACAAAAAUAGCUCUAACGCUCUAACCUGCCACACUUCCUGUAAUCUAACCUUUGCUGCUAAUGUAUACUACUGGUACAAGGAUCAACAAUACAUACAGGAUAACAAAGACACCCAGGGAACUUUCCCUUUAAGCAAUGAUGAAGAAGUCAGUUACUCCUGCUCUGUUCACGGCUAUAACGAGAUUCGAGCUCCUUCUCUGUGUGUUGGAAGGAGCUGUAUGAGGGUGACCUACCCAGACAAGAGAGUCUGUGUUUUGGAAGGGUCUUCAGUGGAAAUUGCUGGAAAUUACAUGCUUUCCAGUGGACAGAGUGUUAAAGAAGUAUUCUGGCAUUCUUCUAAGGACUUCAAGGACCUGAAGCAUGAGUUUACUAAUCGAGUUGAAUAUGUGAAGCAAGACAGAAACUGCACUCUGAAAAUGAACCAGCUGAGAAAGAACGACUCUGGAGAAUAUCGGCUUAGAGUAGUUUAUACAUCUAACCGAAUCUCGGGUAGACCUGGAGUGGUUCUUAAUGUUACAGAUCUGCAGGUAAGACUGAGUCACUAUGCAGGGUCAUCAGAAGAACGGAUGACAGUAACGCUGAGCUGCAUCACGUCCUGCACUCUGUCCAACAGCCCCACUUACCUGUGGUACAAGAACGGACAGCCUGUUACUGAUAAACUCACCAAACACAACAAACUCUACCUCUUCUUCAGCGAAGAUGCAGGGAACUACUCCUGUGCUGUGAAAGGACGUGAGGAUCUCCGCUCUCCUGAACAACUUUAUUUAAGUGAUGAAGAGAACCACGCUGUAGUGUGGAAGCUGUAUGCUGUAUGGGGAGCUGCUGCUGCACUUGUUCCUGCUCUGCUUCUCUCUCUUCUUAUCGCCGUCCUGUGUGUUAAGAGGAAGAAAAGAGCAGAAAGAGACACUCAGUGUGUUCCAACGCCUGGAGAUGACACAUACACAGCGCUGAACCUCAUGACUGUGUCCCCAGAAUAUGACACACUGCAAAAUAUUAAAAGCUCUGCCAGUGACACUUACACCACCCUGAACCCUGCAACCAUGUGCUCUGAUUAUGAUACACUGAGGAAAUGAAACAACCUGCAACCACAGUCUCUGGGAGUAAAUGUGUACUCUAUAAGUGUGUGUUUGUGCAAAAGGAUGUUUGUUUAAGGACUGAAGUUGCAAAAAGAAUUUCUGUCUCAUGUAAAAGUCAUUCAUUUGUGUCCGUUCACUCGGUUCUGUAAUGUUGACUAAAAUUGUUGUUAAUGUCUUUGUAUUUAGUUAUUUAAACAUUUUAAAUACUUUGAUGUCAUUUGUUAUUUUUAUGUCUUGUAAACUAGAACAAAAUGAUGAUAAAGUAAGGAAUACACACCUCCCUGUACAGAAAUUCUAUUUUGCCUGAUGUGUUACUGUCCAGUGUUUAAAAUGUUUCUAUGUACAAGAAUAAAAUUGAUCUUAUGGGCGUUUUGGCAGGACAGAAUGAUGUACACAUUUGAAAUGAUAACUGUGUUUUUAUACAGCAGCAUCUUAAAAUGUUGUAAGUCCACGUCUCACGCAUCCACUGAUUUUGAGAACAAACUGGCUUGCAUUUCAGACAUUAUUGAGUGGGAUGUGUGUGGAAAGGUUCUGUUGCAGUGUAGUAUGAUGGGGAGGGGUGCAGCGUUGGACGACACAAGAGGUCCCUGUUCCCCUACCGUUUCGGGGAUAUUUCCUUCAGACGUUUCUCUUUGAAGCAGAAACUUCGCCUUCAACAAGGUGACAGUAGCUGAUAGUCAAUGUGUCUGUGCAUCUGUGCACCAAAUUUGCACUCUCCUGACCCUAUUUUGUAGUUAUUAAAGAUUAAAGGUUAUAACAUAUGAUGCAGGACAAUCAGUCAAAAAAGGACACAACCAAAUUGUUGGUCUCAAAAAACAAUUGGACACUAAGGUGUAAGAAACUACAGAGUGCCUCAACCCAGAUUUCACUCCACAGUACACAUCUGAAAGAGCUCAUUCCAAAAAAGGCUUACAUAUCAUAUAGAAAUAUCUUUAAUUCAAAUCAAUUUAUCUUUAUGGUAUUUUUUACAUUGGCUUAAAGCAGCCUUACCAAACAUUUAGAACUUUAAUUAAUUAUUAGUAUGGGAGCGGCAGCAAGGCAUCAGGAACCAUCCCUGAACAAAGGGUAUACAUGACUGUGAUUACUAUUUAGUAUUGUCCGACCAUUUGGGUGAUAACACCUAGAACAAUACCUAGCCAAGGUAUACGUGACCGUGAUUACCAGUGAAGGACAUCCAGCUAGACGACAGUAUCAUCCAGCCAUUUGGGGAAUACUCAGUUCUUACACUAAUUUACAUUUAAAGUGAAACUCAUUUAAAUUACACACAGGAAACACUGUAUAAAAGGUUUGAGCAGGAUUUGUCCUGCGUUCUUUUUGACUCCGAUGUACCCAAAGUACUUUAUGU